CAGUGAGCAGACUGCGCUGCACGCAUGCGCGCUGCAGAGCCUUUCUGCCCUCGCGUGCUCCCCCUCCCCCCCAUCAAUUGUCGAAGGCGCAUGCGCCUAACUCCUGCUGGGAAAAUGGCGGCCAAGUUGGAGCCGCUGGCGGCCUCGGAGGAGGCGGAGGAGGGCGAGGGGCAGACCAAAUCUUUGAAGACUGAGGACUUGCUGUCAAUGGUGAAAAAGCUGCAGAAAGAGGGAAGCCUGGAGCCACAGAUAGAAGAUCUGAUUAACCGGAUUAAUGAGCUUCAGCAAGCAAAGAAGAAGUCCAAUGAGGAAUUGGGAGAAACUCAAGCUCUCUGGGAGACGCUGCACAGGGAAUUGGACUCUUUGAAUGGAGAGAAAGUACACCUAGAGGAGGUCUUGAGAAAAAAGCAAGAAGCGCUGAGGAUCCUUCAGCUGCACUGCCAAAGGAAGGAAAGCGAGGCUCAGAGGUCACACAUGGAAGAACAGCUGGAGGAUUUCAUGGGCCAGCACAAGGACCUCUGGGAAUUCCAGGUGCUGGAGCGGCGACUGGCCUGGGAGAUCCGCGCGCUGCAGAGCAGCAAGGAGCAGCUGCUCACUGAAGAGAACUUAGCGAGGGCCAAGCUGGAGCAGGUGGAGCAGAGGCUGCGCUCCUCGCCCACGGUCCAGGGCGCCCUGGCAGUGAACGAAGCGCUGAAGGUGGAGCUGGAGAAAUCCGGGGAGCAAGUCCCCACCCAGACCCAGAGCCCCUCGGGCGACUGGGCCCACAAAGAAGAGCCCGACCCGGAGUCCCUGUGCGCCCGCCACGAGGAGGACCUGGAGCCGCUGGUGGAGCUGGCCCUGUGGUCCCCCUAGGCCAGUGGGACCCACCGAUCCCUAGCUUCAAGGCCCGCCGAGAAAUAAAGGCAAUGAUUCAGACGGUC